AUGUACCUCGGCUGGGCCCUCUGGGCUGCGCUGUGUGCCGUGUGCGCCGCGCACGAGUCCUUUCGCGAGCACCUCACGCUCCGGCCGCUCGCCGGCGCGCGCGUCCACGCUGCAUUUUCGUUCGAGCUCGCGUCCGACGACGCGUCCUUGCACCAUUUCCGUAUUCUCCCCCGCGCGCUCUUGCAGCCUGUAGCGAGCCUGGACGUCGAUGCGCUCCAGCUCACACUUACCGCGGGGCGCUGGCAGUAUGCACGUUGGGGCACACCUGCACCGCUCGACGGCGACGAGGCGACGGCGAGCGGCGCAGAGAUCUGGGCCAGCUUUGCUGCGCAGCACGCCUCCCUCGGGAAGCGCUGGCGCGUGCUGACCUCUGCACUUGCGAGCGUCUUUUGCACUUCGCUUGACGCGAUCGACGAGGCGACGUCUGUGUCGCCGUCGCGCGACUACUUUAUGCAGCGCGCGAAUACGACGCAGCUGCACGCAUACCUUCCUGCCGAGUCGGUGUGCACGGAAAACAUCACUCCGAUCCUCAAGCUGCUUCCCUGCAAGAACGGCGCGGGCCUUGCGAGCUUGAUCCAGUCGCACACGAUUCUCUCCGCCGAGUUCCACAGCAUGUCGGUCAAGGUCGUGAAAACAGCGCACGGCCACCUUGUCAAGCUCGGUAUCCAGGCGGUGAUGCGCGCGCCGCUAAUGUCGCAGACGACAAACUGGACAUUGGAGCAGGUGUUUGGGCGCUCGCUGGACAGCGUAUGCCCUGUCGCAGACAGCAGCACACUGUCGAUCCUUGCCCCGAGCGACACCGACGUUGCGCCGCUCCCGGCAGACCACGCCGUGGAGGACGCGGGGCGCUACUUUGGCACGUUGCGCUCCGCGGACGAGAUUGAUCUUGGUAUCGAUGCACCGUUUUCCUACGUGCGUCCAGAGCGCUUGUACCGGUACAAUACGCUGGAUCUGGCUGCGUAUGGCGGCGCACUGCAUGUUGCAUUUGUUGCAGACGUGCAGGGGCCGCUCUUGCACCCCCCGCCUUUCCGUGCGAGUCGUCAGGUACGGGGCUACGGCCAGGAGCGGAAUACGGUUUGUCUGACGCUGCGCAACGACCUUGCUGUGCCUGUGCACGUAGCGUACUACGACCACCUUCCCUGGUUCAUCCUGCCUCUCAUGCACACAUUGCAGGCGCACGCCGCGGUAGAUGCAUACGAUGAGCAUGAUGGAUUUGUGCGUUUCCGCGACGAAGUCGAGACGCCAUUUGUGGGCGACGCUGCAUAUACCCCGCCCGUGCUGCGGAAUAGCACAGGGUCUGUGGAACUGACGUUGCGUGUUCCUGCGGCGAGUACAUUGACCGUGACGUAUACCAUCCUCAAACGCGUACUGCACUAUGCGGAGCAUGUGCCGGAUCCCCACCGCGGCGUGGAUCUGCCGCCGGCCAUGUUUGUUUUGCUGCAUACCCCCACGCAUGCAAGUGCCAUGGCACGCGUCCAAGCGGCAAGAAUCUAUACUGCGCCGAGUCUGCUGGACAUUGCCGUGCCGGACUUUUCCAUGCCGUACAACAUCAUCCUGUUCUACUCCACCUUUGUCGCGCUCUUCUUUGGCAGUCUGCUGAACAUCAUGAUCCGCCGAUUUUACGAUGUCGUCGUCGAGGCGUAG